AAACCUGCAAAAUCGGCAGUGUAUCAAAUACUUGUUCUCCCCACUGUACAUACAAUCUACUAUUCAAUGGGGAGGGCAUGAACAGCAACAACACCGGGAAACAAUGCCCUUCGGUCCCGCUUGACGAGCACUACUGUCCGGCAACAGCGUGGGAAGUAGCUACCUAGUAGCCAAUAUCAGGGUGACCGUCACAGUAAGCACACACAUACAACGCAUGAAGUAACAGUACACCCCAUCAUCAAUACUUUUAAUAAAACAAUUACGUCAGUUUUAUAACUGAAAAUGUACAAUUAUUUGUGUAAAACUAACAGUGAAAUAUGACUGACUCAUCCUCUGGCUUCAAAACAGAAGUCCAAACUAUAGCUCAAUUUAAGGUAGUUGCGUGAUAAAAAAUGAAAGAAUAAAAACACAGUUCAAUCAAAACCGUCUAACCUAUAGCAAAGCGCUUUCGACACACCCACUCCUUUCCACACGCCCACUACUUUCCUUUUGACACACCCACUACUUUCCUUUCGACACACCCACUCGCCCAUAUUGAUAUGGUCGCCAUAUUGGGAUGCAGCUACCCCCUUGUCUAUAUUUCAGUUACAGGUGAUCCUGUCUGUGUCGCUCUGCAGGGUCAGUGAAAUACAGUCAGUCAUGAACAAUAAGGAGAUGGAAAUCUUAGCACCUUUAAGUAGGCCUCAAGAGGACCUCUUGUCAGAUGCAAUGGGUGACCACACAGCAACAGGAGAGCCAAACCAACUUCCUACAGACGUUAACAAAGACCCUGACAUUACUGACUGGGAGUUUAUUGAACCCAGUGAAGCCCUUGAGUAUAAAAACCUGGAGCAGGAUUCUCCAAAAAAGCCAAGGAUAGCUAUACUAGUUACUGUAGCUGGGAAUACUCUGGGGUCUCAUGAGGGCAUAACACAGCAACUCACCGCAACCACUACCUUUACUGAGGUGACAUCACAAGAGGAGAGUGAUGUCAUCCUGGUUUUCUGUCCCAUCGUCUCUCUUGCUGGGACUGAUAUUGAGGCAGCACUGCAGCAGAUUCCAGUUGGUAAACCUGUCAUUCUGGUAGUGCUGCAUCACACCUUCAACCCAGACUACACCGUACCUGACAGCAGCAGACUAGUGACCAGAGGUGAUGUAAUACUCACAGUGGACUGUCUCUUCCAUGAGAGCCAGGGACUACUGGAGUGUCCUCAAAAUGAAGAAGUUGUUAAAGAGAUUCUGAAGAAGCUUAAUAUACAUCCUGAGAUUGCAGUUUCUUCCUUUGACCCUCAUAUGAUCAUCGGGUGGUUCACAACUGAGGUUUUCCAAUUGUUUAAGUCAGAUCUAAAUUCAUGUUGGCCAGAAUCGCUGAGUCUUACCUCAACCACUGCAACAGAUGAAGUGCCUGUGUGUGAUCAUGAAGUGCAAAAUGAGGAUGAAGCACAUUGCUCCCCAGCCUUUAAGUUGUAAUAAUGAGUGAAUAAGUGGAUUGAAGUCUGAUUUAGAAAAAUGUCUAUUGUUAGUCAAAACAUUUGGCAAUUGAACCCUAGAAAUAUAACUAACUAUAAACCUUAGAAUAUGCACUUAUAGCCUAAGUGAGUCUGGAACAACUAUUGUGUGUUUUGUCAAAAUUGGGAAAUAAUUAACUCCAUUAAUGUAGAUAAAUAUAAAGACAAUGUCAUGUAAUGCUUGAGACACCUUUUGAUGGGAGUAUAAAUAAAAAUAUAUAUACAGUGAGGGAAAAAAGUAUUUGAUCCCCUGCUGAUUUUGUACGUUUGCCCAC